GUGGAGUAUAUUUUAUAAAACUUUGAAUAUUUUAUGUUUGGGGUGGCGAGCUUUUAGAACUGGUCCGCAUAUUUUUGAGUCUUUUGUUGAGAUUUCAAUAUCUUUGGGGGAAGCGGACACUUUCUUUCUGGGGGCACUUUUGAGGUGGGGAUACCAGCUUUUUGCUCUCACUGUUUCUAUGAUGUGUUGCGCUCGUUUUGCUCUCUCUCAUUCCCUCUUUCUCUUCUCCUUUCUUCUCAGAGCUUGGACGGUAAAUCGAGCCUCUGCGCAGGCACGUGAUCUGAAUCUACCAGGCCUUUGAACAACAUCCUGCCGGGCCAUUUCUAGGUCUGGGUUCGCGCUAUUUCUUUUGGAGAAGCGCUUUUCGAUCCGGAGGAACUUAGACAAGGGUUUUAUGUGGUGUCUGGGGGAGAUUUAACGAAUGUGCGGUUUUCAACUUUUGACCUGAUUUGGGAGGAGACUGGGAAUUGUUUGAAGAGGUUAUUGGGGCUACUGUUUGAAGGGUUGAAGUGGGCGGAUGGAUAAAGGUGGGAUUUCAGAAGAUUUUAAUGAUAUCUGUGUUUGAGUUUAGGGUUGUAUGAAGAUGGGAUUAGGAGGUGAUGAUGCAAAGGUGGAGAGGGUGAAGGCUUGGAAUUUGGAGAAAUCAAAGCGGGGGAGUAACAACGAGGAGGAUGAUUCUGGAGAGUUGAGUUCGUGUUGGAUUAAGUUCAGGUUUUUUUCCUGUUGUAUCUCUUCAAGAUCUAAGGUUGAUACCUCCAUCAGUGGCAUCAGUACUAACUGUGAAAGUAAAUGUGCAAAUGAUACGAGUGUGGGAACAAGUGUAGAACAACCUGCUGCUCCAGUGAUUUCUUCCUCUGCUACAAGUAUUGCAGAAAGCAGUUCAUCUACUGCCAAACUUGAAGAGGAACUAAAGAUAUCAUCCCGGCUUAGAAAGUUCACAUUUAAUGACCUGAAAUUGGCAACAAGAAAUUUUAGGCCAGAAUCACUUCUUGGGGAAGGAGGUUUCGGAUGUGUCUUCAAGGGCUGGAUUGAAGAAAAUGGAACAGCACCAGUAAAACCAGGAACCGGACUUACUGUCGCUGUCAAAACUUUGAAUCAUGAUGGGCUUCAGGGUCACAAAGAGUGGCUGGCUGAAGUGAAUUUUCUUGGUGACCUUAUUCAUGCUAAUUUGGUGAAACUCGUUGGUUACUGCAUUGAGGAUGACCAGAGGCUUCUUGUUUAUGAAUUCAUGCCUCGAGGAAGCCUGGAAAAUCACUUAUUCAGGAGGUCCUUGCCUCUUCCAUGGUCUGUUAGAAUGAAAAUUGCUUUAGGUGCUGCAAGGGGGCUCACUUUUCUUCACGAGGAAGCAGAAAGGCCAGUCAUAUACCGCGAUUUUAAGACAUCAAACAUCCUAUUAGAUGCUGAUUACAAUGCCAAACUUUCUGAUUUUGGACUUGCCAAAGAUGGGCCAGAGGGUGAUAAGACACAUGUGUCUACUCGUGUUAUGGGAACCUAUGGUUACGCUGCGCCAGAGUAUGUGAUGACAGGUCAUUUGACAUCAAAAAGUGAUGUCUACAGUUUUGGAGUAGUUCUGCUCGAAAUGAUUACAGGUAGACGAUCAAUGGACAAAAACCGGCCUAACGGGGAGCAUAACCUCGUGGAAUGGGCAAGACCGCAUCUUUGUGAGAAAAGGCGGUUUUACCGGCUGAUAGAUCCUAAGCUUGAAGGGCAUUUUUCUAUAAAGGGUGCCCAGAAAGCAGCACAAUUGGCUGCUCGGUGCCUCAGCCGGGACCCAAAAGCUAGACCCAUGAUGAGUGAAGUGGUUGAAGCCUUGAAGCCUUUACCAAACCUGAAAGACAUGGCCAGCUCGUCCUACUACUUCCAGACCAUGCAAUUAGCUGAUCGCACAACUGCGUCCAGCCCAAAUGCUAAAAACAGCGUUAGAGCUCAACAGAAUGUGUUCUCAAAGAACGGACAGCAAAACCAGAGGAGCCUUUCCGUACCAAAUGGUUCUCAUGCUUCACCAUAUCGUCAGUUUUCCCACAAUUCGCCAAAACCAAAUGCUAAAGCAUAGGGAUUGGCACUGGCAGGCAACCCUUUUCUGUACUGUUCUUUUCAUCGUUAUCAAAGGCAAAAAGAAAAAAGAAAAAAAAGAACAGAUUUUUUAUGUUGGUACUGCUAUUUUUGAGUGUUGAAGCACUUGAAGCCCUUCCUUUCCUCUGGAGAAGAAUGUAAUUUAAAAUUUUAAACAGAGCAGAUUCAUGUGGAAUUGUGGAGUAAAUAUUGAUUUGUAAAAUACAUCUGCUCUUACUCUCUCUGCUGAUGUAUCAAAUGCUUCCAUAGUUGAUAUUCUAUGAUCGCUUUAACUCUUCUGUUUCGAUA